CUUCAUUUCCAAGCUCGAUCUCUUACUUACAUUUGAAGAAACUGAGAUAUCAAAAUGAGUUCCAACAAGGCUCUUCUUCUCUUGGCUCUUUUGGUUGCUCUUGUUCUUGUCGUGGCCUCAAGCAGAGACCUCGCUCAGACAUCUACCAAGAAGGAAAAUGAGGUGACCACUGCAAGUUCCAAUGUUGGCGGCCUAGAUGAUGCCAAGUACGGUGGAUAUGGAGGCCCCGGAGGUGGCUACCAAGGUGGUAAUGGCGGCCGCGGAGGCUACGGUGGAGGAAAUCCUGGUUAUGGAGGAGGACGAGGAGGAGGGUGUUACUAUGGCUGCUGCAGGCGCCCUAACUAUGGAAGAGGGUGCAGAAGGUGCUGCUCUUACGCUGGUGAGGCAGUUGAUAGUGCAGAACCCUAAACCAAACCUGGAUGACAAGUCACAACUAAUAAUAGCGCAACCCUGUCGAUCAGUAUGGUUAAUGUGCAAGUUUAGAUUCAGGCUAGUAAUUAAUAUGCCCAAAGCUUCAAGUUUUCCUGCCAGUGUAUGUAGGGAAACUUAGCCUAGCUAGCUUGUUUUAAUUAAUGUUUAUUUGCUUCGUCUACAUGGAAGCUCAAGCUGUUGUAGCUUUCCCCUCUAUAUGCAAUAAAGUUAUAUAUCUAGCUGUU